AUUUUUCUCCCCGGUUCAGUUUUUUGUAUUGAGCUUUUAGGGCGGCUCCAAAUUUUCUUGUCCAUGAAAAUUUGAAAAAAAAAUUAAAUGAAAGAAGAGAAAAUUUAUUGUUGUUAAUCGAAAUUGUUGCUUAAUGUGACGGUUCUUUGAUAGCUCAUACAUCCGCAUAAAGUUUAGUUAAAUUCGAUUUGAGUUGAUUUGUUUGUUAGUUGGUUUUUCAUAAAUAUUUGGAUCAAAGAAUAUAGCACAACAAGCCGUGAAAUAAAAUACGUGCGAGAAGAAAAAAAAAAAGAACUUUCAACAGUUUGUGGAAAAGUAUAUCGAUAAAUAUGGCGGAUGUUUGGUGCAAAAGUUAUACCAAUUCAAAGUUAUUCAUUUGACAUAAUUUCUGUUAUAUCCGACUGGAUUAAUUUUCGUAGUGCAGCCCAAUAGCAAUUAAACAAAAUUUAUAAUUUAGUAGAAAGAAUAAAAGAUUUACUGUUAAGUGCUACUACCAUUGGCUGAUAGCUAAACAUCGUGUUAAGUGUGUGAUAUCUGUGCAUUAAAAACAAAAUCAAUAUAUGUGAUUUAUUAUAACAAGAACAAAUAAGAGUGAAAACAAAAAAACAAAAAAACAAAAAAAAAAGUUCAAAGAACGAACCAAUUUGUGGAACAAUUAAACUAUAAGUGAAUUACCAGUAAUUACAAGCGGAUAUCAGUGUUUAAAAACCACUAUUACACCUACUUUUUUGUGAAUAUCGAUAUUCGGCCACUUGAGGCCGAAGUAAUUAGUUUCCAAAACGUUUUGCGUAGAGGCAAUACGCACAAUGGGCUGCGCACAGUCAGCUGAAGAACGAGCGGCAGCAGCGCGCAGUAGAUUGAUCGAACGGAAUCUUAAAGAAGAUGGAAUUCAAGCGGCUAAGGAUAUUAAACUUUUGUUAUUAGGUGCUGGUGAAUCCGGAAAGAGUACAAUUGUUAAACAAAUGAAAAUCAUUCACGAAAGUGGCUUCACGUCUGAAGACUUUAAACAAUAUCGACCUGUGGUAUAUAGCAACACAAUACAAUCACUAGUUGCAAUUUUAAGAGCUAUGCCAAAUUUAAGUAUUCAAUAUGGGAACAAUGAAAGAGAGAGUGACGCUAAAAUGGUAUUCGAUGUGUGCCAGAGAAUGCAUGACACAGAGCCGUUUUCCGAAGAUCUACUAGCAGCAAUGAAACGACUCUGGCAGGACAACGGAGUUCAAGAAUGUUUCUCAAGAAGCAACGAAUAUCAACUUAAUGAUUCCGCAAAAUAUUUCCUUGACGAUUUGGAUAGACUAGGAGCUAAAGAUUACCAACCGACAGAGCAAGAUAUUCUCCGAACUCGAGUGAAAACAACUGGUAUUGUCGAAGUUCAUUUCUCAUUCAAAAAUCUUAACUUUAAACUAUUUGACGUUGGUGGUCAACGAUCGGAACGAAAGAAAUGGAUCCAUUGUUUCGAGGAUGUCACCGCUAUUAUAUUUUGCGUUGCAAUGUCGGAAUAUGAUCAAGUUCUACACGAAGACGAAACUACUAAUCGAAUGCAAGAGUCGCUGAAGCUGUUCGAUUCAAUUUGUAACAACAAAUGGUUCACAGACACAUCUAUAAUUCUCUUCUUAAACAAAAAGGAUUUGUUUGAAGAGAAGAUUCGCAAAAGUCCACUGACAAUAUGUUUCCCUGAAUAUACAGGAGGACAAGAAUAUGGAGAAGCAGCCGCCUACAUUCAAGCACAAUUUGAAGCAAAGAAUAAAUCAACAUCAAAGGAAAUCUACUGUCAUAUGACCUGUGCCACAGACACUAAUAAUAUUCAAUUUGUGUUCGACGCUGUUACUGAUGUUAUCAUAGCUAAUAAUCUGCGAGGCUGUGGUCUCUAUUAAGCUUAUCGUUUGAUAUAUUUAGUACAUAAGCCAUAAAAUGAAAUGUAAGAAUUCGCAAAUUUUUCGUUUGGUUUUUCUUUCGUUUCGAUAGUUUUGUGUUUUUCACAACUUAAUUUUGCAAAAAUGAUUACUUUUUUUUGAACACACACAAAAUAGAGGAGGUGGAUGAAGAAAAACGCUAGACUGCUGAUAUUCCCUGGAAUUUAAGCUUUAACGGACGGUAUCUGUUAUCGAAAGAGACGACCAAAAUAAUCGAUGAACAGCUCUGGUUGUUGCAUCCUUUAAAAGUUAUGCUAAAACUAAUGAAGUAAAAGAUUCUGUUUCAAUCUGUCGAAAAAUACUACGUUUCGGUAAUAAUACUGACGACUUGCUGUUCGUGAUAGGUUAAAUCUAAGCUCAUUAUAGUACGGAAAAAUAACGGAACAACCAGCAACAAACAAAAAAUACCGGUGAAUGAGAAUUCAAAGAAAUUUUUUGUUAAAUGACGUAUGACUUUGUGUCAAGGGAAAAAUCGAAAAUUGUUAUUUAUAGAUAGAGAUUGGAACACACAAUGAACGAAACAAAUGAAAAUAUUUUUAUGCUUCUCGCACAAUUUUUAUACUUCAAUGAUUAAUAGGGACUUACAGCAAUGAUUUGUUUUUCCAUUAAGAAACAAAAAAAAUCUUCGUUUUUUUUUGUUUUAAACGUAAAGUAUUUUUGCAUUUCGCACAUUGAUUUACAUUCCUUUUUUUUCGUAACAAAGAUUUUAUGUUUUUGUAUUAGUCAUUUAACACAAAAUUUCAACUGAAUCGUUUUUUUAAAGGUAUUAUUAAACAGACACAACACACAACAUUUCAUUUAAAUUUAUAUCGUCGGUUUUGAUGUCAAAAAAAUUAUUCGUAAAAUUGAAUGAACAAUUCAACAUAAUUUAUUGAUGAUGCGCACAAAGGAAGUCAAUUGCGAUUUCCUUGAAAUCCAGUAACGGUAAAU